UAAAUGAGAAAUUCUAUAAAGAAAAAAAAAGUCUGUUCGUCCCACUGAAUAAAUAAUAAUAAUAAUGGCGGAGGAGAGAAGAGUCCCAUCAUCGGUGUCGGUCACAGUCGCCCACGACCUUCUUCUAGCCGGCCAUCGCUAUCUGGACGUCAGGACUCCGGAAGAGUUUAGCCAGGGACAUCCCUGUGGGGCGAUCAACGUUCCUUACCUGAAGCGAGGAGCAUCAGGGAUGUCAAAGAACCCCGACUUCCUCGAGCAAGUCUCCUCCCACUUCGGAAAAUCGGACGACAUCAUUGUUGGCUGCCAGAGCGGGGCUAGAUCUUUCAUAGCCACCACCGAUCUUCUCGAUGCUGUAAAGGUUUCACGGCAGUUAAAGAUGUCAGUGGUGGCUAUGCUGCCUGGGCCCAGAAUGGGCUUCCUACACAAGACUGACUGUGAUAUGGCCAGAGUCACUCAACCACCACCAUCAUCUUUAAACAUAUCAUGUCUUAUUUUAUCUCUUCUCCUUCUUCAAUAAUGCUCCUGUUUCUACAAUGACCCUUUUUCUCCUUUAACUGUGAUACCUCGGAGAGGGUCCUCGCCUUUUCAUCUGUUGUGCCCUCGACUUUUAUAUAUGUAUAAUAAAUACGAGUACUUGUGUUGAUUGCAUCGAAUUGUCUGUUUACAGAACACUUGUUUAUAAGAAAUGAAAAAACAGGAGCAUCUAGUCA